AGUGAAGAAGCCGGAGAAACCACACCCACAAUCUCCAACAGUAUUUCUCUCUAUCUCUCCGUUGUAAGAGAAAUGGAGAGAGAUGGCAUGGAAGGACUAUUACAAAGUUCUACAAAUUUCGAAGCCCAGCCCAAUACUGAUGGUGGAGAUAUACCACCAACUGGUGCCUCUGCCACUGCCACACCUGUUGUUGUACUCAGCACCCUGGUCGCACUUUGUGGCUCAUUCUGUACUGGCUGUGCUAUAGGAUAUUCAUCACCUGCUGAAUCUGGAAUCCUAGAAGAUUUGGACAUAUCUGUGGCAACAUAUUCAGUUUUUGGUUCAUCAUUGACUAUUGGAGGAGUGAUUGGUGGAUUAGUAAGUGGAAGGAUUGCAGGCCUUUUUGGUCGGAAAGGUGCAAUGUGGUUCUCUGAAAUCUUCAGCUUGGUAGGGUGGCUCGCCAUUGCAUUUGGAAAGGUGCUCUCUCUUGUCCUUCAUUCCAGUUACACUGCAUUUGAUUGUCAAUAUGUUCAAGUAAUAAGGCAAACCGGAAGUGGUGGAAAGGGUUUUACUUCCAUUUGUUAUUUUCAUGGAAGUUGUGGAAGGGCCAAGAUAUUAUUCGAAAUCAACAUGAAUCAGGUCAAGGGAAUCACUCAUUCUACAUUUUCUCUGCUGGGUUUCAAUCACUAAUGGAGUUCACUGUUUGUUAUAGAACAUUUGGUGGCUCGAUCUUGGGAGACUUUCAUUGGGAAUUGGCAUUGGAAUUUUUUCCUAUGUGGUAAUUUAUCUGUGUUAACAUUUGAUGUAUCUAUUUAAAAGACA